GUCCGGACGUCUGUGGUGGACUGAGCGGUCGGCGUUGUGCCUGCUGUCCGGUUCACACUAUGGGGUCAGGCCCCGGGAGCUGUUUGCAGUCUCCGCCGUCACCAUGCAACACUAUAGACGGGAGCAGGAACGAUCAGCGACGAACGCGCGGCUGGUGAGUGCUGGUGCCAGCGCGCCCCUCGAGAAUACAGAUUUGCAGAGGGAGAGAAGACCACAGCUCAGGAUUGUCUAGUGCUGGAAAGACUGCUUUGCUGGCCUCUGUUCUUACAAGGAUUGUGUUCCUCUUUCUUGAGAUUUUGUUUAUUUGUAUUUGGUGUCCUUGCUGGCGUCACUCUGGGCUGGGAGGGGGAGCUGAUAUGACCAACUGCCGGGAGAUGGAGGUGGCGCUUGUGAGUGUUGAGAAUUUGAACGGCUUGGGAAUGGGAGACCAAGGGGAUCACAGCUAUCCUCACCACCCCACCGAAAUGAGCACCCCUACCAGGACCCUGGAUCACCCUCCCAGCUACAGCAACAACCUCCACUACCAGCAUAGCCAGCAGCCACAGCCCAGCCUGCCCAGGAGGGGACGAUCUAGCUGUGCCAGCCUGAUCUCCAGCUGGAAGCUCUUUCUGAACAGCGAGGGGACCCAGAGUGAGACCGUCUUCACCAAACUGGCCAUGGAGUGUGGAGAGGACUUGCUGGGGGACCAAGGGGGGAGGAACGAGGGCGACCAGAAGGUGAUCAUUAAUAUUGCCGGCUUGUGCUUUGAGACCCAACUCAAGACCCUGGACCAGUUCCCUGAAACCCUUUUGGGUGACCCCCAGAAAAGGAUGCAGUAUUUCGACCCCAUGAGGAAUGAGUACUUCUUUGACCGCAAUCGGCCCAGCUUUGAUGGGAUCCUCUACUAUUACCAGUCUGGGGGGAAGAUCAGACGUCCAGCCAACGUUCCCUUAGACAUCUUUGAGGCUGAGAUCGUCUUUUACGAGUUGGGGAACGAAGCCAUGGAGCAGUUCCGAGAAGAUGAGGGCUUCAUCAAAGACGUGGAGGUCCUGUUACCCACGAAUGACAUCCACCGGCAAUUCUGGCUCCUCUUUGAGUACCCGGAGAGCUCCAAUGCAGCCAGGGUCGUCGCUUUGGUCUCUGUUUUUGUCAUCGUGGUUUCCAUUGUCAUCUUCUGCCUGGAGACCCUUCCCGAGUUUCGAGAGGAACGGGAUUUUUUCCCCGCGACAGACGAUUUCUUCAACCUGAGCCAGGAGGCUUCUCCCUCCUCUUCUAACCCAGUCAGCCCUUUCUCAGACCCCUUCUUUAUCAUCGAGACAGCCUGCAUUGUCUGGUUCUUCUUUGAGGCCUUCGUGCGGUUUGUGGUCUGCCCGAGCAAACAGGAGUUCUUUCGUAACAUCAUGAACAUCAUCGACAUCAUUUCCAUCAUCCCUUACUUUGUCACCUUGAUCACCGAGCUGGUAGCCACUGCAGAGCCCACCGCGGGACAGACCAUGUCCCUGGCUAUACUCCGCAUCAUCAGGCUGGUCCGCGUCUUUCGGAUCUUCAAGCUCUCCCGGCACUCCAAGGGGCUGCAGAUUCUGGGGCAGACCCUCAAGGCCAGUAUGCGGGAGCUGGGGCUGCUGAUGUUCUUCCUUUUCAUCGGAGUCAUCCUUUUCUCCAGUGCAAUCUACUUCGCAGAAGUGGACGAACCCCAGACUCAGUUCACCAGCAUACCCGAGGGUUUCUGGUGGGCCGUUGUGACCAUGACCACAGUAGGGUACGGAGACAUGUGCCCGAUCACUCUUGGGGGCAAGAUGGUGGGCACCUUGUGCGCCAUAGCUGGAGUCCUGACCAUCGCCUUGCCCGUGCCCGUCAUCGUCUCCAACUUCAACUACUUCUACCACCGGGAGAACAAGGAGAAGUCCACGAUACCCACAGAGGGAGAGACAUCCAAGACGGCCGCCAAAGACGGCAGCACAACCUCUCUCAACCAAACUAACGGGUCUCGGCUGACCGACAAGUCAAAGAACAGCAAGCACUGAGCUCCGGGCAGGGGCUGGCACACUUUUCCAUUUCCAAAUGCUUUCUUUCACCAGGACCCUGGAGGUUGGGUUCUCAUUUCCCAGGGAGUCCUGGAAUGAUGGGGGCGGAAGUUACUUGUUAAAAACCCCAAACAAUCAUCUUCAGCUAUCAGCAAUACAGACAGUGGAGUAACAAAACAACAGUGUACACUCCCUGCCACCAGCAGGGGGAAAUCUUCUUGACUGCAAAUGUGUGAACAUUAUGAAACCUUUACUGGUUGUAAUAUUUACCUUUCUUACUAAAUAUAGUUACAACUGUAUGUCCCAAAGGAUAUUCUUUUAAACAUGUUGUUUUUGUGUAAAGUUUCUGAGGAGAGGUUAUUUUAGUGAUGAGUUUCUUGAGCAGGAUAUUCCUCUGGUUAUUCCAUGUGAAUUUGGACAGGUUUCACAGGUCCUGUAAGCAUUGAUCUUGGGUGUAUCCUGUGCGUUUGAACUCUGACCUGUGUCUAUAUGAGGGUUAGCACUUCAUUCUACCAAUACCUUUCUCUAGUAACCCAUUCAUUAGAAACAAUAACAGGUGGUUUGCAUUGUUUUCACACACAGUAUAAUCGUAUUGCACAGAUUGAGCGCUCUAUUAAAAAAAAGGUCAAUAAUAACACUCCAAAGGGGAGGACGAUAUUCGGCUUUCUUGCAUAUCCAUAAAUAUGACAAUCGCUUGUGUAAAUAUAUAUAUAUAUAUAUAUAUAUAUAAGGCAGGCAGUGUGGUCCAGUGGUUAAAGAAAAGGGCUUGUAACCAGGAGUUCACCAGUUCAAAUCCCUCCUAAGCCACUGACUCAUUGUGUGAUCCUGAGCAAGUCACUUAACCUCCUUGUGCUCCGUCUUUCAGGUGAGACGUAAUUGUAAGGGACUCUGCAGCUGAUGUAUAGUUCACACACCCUAGUCUCUGUAAGUUGUCUUGGAUAAAGGCGUCUGCUAAAUAACCAAAUGAGAAUAUAUAUAUAAUAUAUAUACGUUUUGUGAUUUCAGUGUAGUUCUUAUGUGAAUUGAAAACCUGAAAUCCCUGUUUUGGUUUUUGUGCCUUUGUAUCUCUCUCACUGCACACACACACAGAGCUUUGAUGACACAUUCUGACACACCUGCAUGGGUUCUCCAUUGAUUAUCAGGUUUCUCCACUCACUGAGAGAAUGAGAAGGUGUAAACAACAGGAAAGUGAUGAGCUAGACAGAACGUCAGCUCGUCAGAAACAAGAAAUCCAUUGAAUACACCCACUUGGAACAUCAGCUGCCAACUUCACGGAAUAAUUAGAUUUCAGUGUGAAAAUAAACUUGGUUUUGGGCUGCUGUGAAAAUAAACACAACCAUCAUUUUCCCAAACUGCGGCAAACUCCCUCUCUCCUAAAAGACACCGAACCAAACUGCCAAAAGCCCAAUGGGGUAGCCCUGUAAGCAUCAACAGCACAGACCUGGAGGUUUCUGCAACGGCUAAUACUGCCCCCUCCUGGAGACUCAAGCAUUGAGAUUGAAGUUCUCAAACUACCCCUUCAUAAAGACCUGAUGCUUUCCCAUUGUUAUUUGCAGGGGGCAGCUGGAAACAACUCAAGACUCAGGAACGGUCUCAUCAGGGUCUGUAUCAGUGUCAGUCUGGGAUGUUGCACUGACUUUAUCAGCGUGCAGACUAUAUAUAUUUCUGAAUCAUUCCACAAGGCUAUACUUUGUAACGACUGUAGCCGAUCUUCAAGUCCUUCUUUAUUUAAACUAUUAUGUACUCCAGUUUCAACCCAUAACGAUUCUACACAGGGUUGUGUACAGUAAUAUAAUAAAUAAUAGAAUAUA